AUGGAUGCGAACACUGUUAAUCCAGCACCUGCUUCUACGCAGCAACCUAAUGAUUGGAAAAUGGUGUCUAAGAGCCGUCGUCCAAAGCUUACGAAGCCUUUAAUUAUUGGUUCUAAUAAUAACAAGGAAUUAAGUGUUAUUUCUCAACAGAAAUGGCUCCAUGUGGCCUCAUUUUCUACUAAUGUCACAGCAGCGAACAUCAUCAGUUACGUAUCCAAACAUGCUGAUAUUGAUGCCAAAUUUCUGAACUGCUACUUGCGUAUAAAAAAGGAUGCCAAUCUUGAUGAAUUGAGAAAAGUUAAUUUUAAAUUAGGAGUUUCUGAGUGUUUCAAUGAUAAAUUGCUGAAUGCUGAUAUCUGGCCUGCGAACGUUAAGAUUCGACCAUUUUGGUUUUUUCCUAAGGGCGAUGCACCAGAACUAAAUCCUUAG